CCCCGCCCUCACCGGCGCAGCGGCGGCGGCGCCCACAAAAUCCGCGAGACGAGCCCGGCCUAACUAGUUUGUCCCUGCGGCCGCCUCGUAGGCUGGGUCGCUGCGCCCGGCGUCUCUCCGGGCCUCAUUGCCAUGGCUGCCCCUGGUGGCGUCACCUCCGCUGGCGAGGGGCUGCGCUACGCCGAGUACACGCCACCCUCGGCCAAACGGCCGGACGCCGACGUCGGCCAGCAGGGACUGGCAAGAAGUUUGAUAGCUGUAGGACUGGGUGUUGCAGCUCUUGCAUUUGCAGGUCGCUAUGCAUUUCAGAUCUGGAAACCUCUAGAACAAGUAAUUACAGAAACUGCAAAGAAGAUUUCAACUCCUAGCCUUUCAUCCUACUAUAAAGGAGGAUUUGAACAGAAAAUGAGUAGGCGAGAAGCUAGUCUUAUUUUAGGUGUAAGCCCAUCUGCUGGCAAGGCCAAGAUUAGAACAGCUCAUAGGAGAAUCAUGAUUUUGAAUCACCCAGAUAAAGGUGGAUCUCCUUACUUAGCAACUAAAAUAAAUGAAGCAAAAGACUUGCUAGAAGCAACCACCAAACAUUGAUCAAUGCUCAAAGACCAUGCUGAAUGAAAAAAGGGAGAGGGACUUUUAAAAAAAAAACAAAACAGUCCCACAAAUUAAUCUGAAACACAGUCUUCUUAAUUUUCAUACAUAUAUUGACCACAAUCAUCUUCCACCAUUAAGCUAUGUAACAAUAAAAGAGUAAUAGUCUUGGUUUUUGUUCUCUUUUUAAAAGAACCCCUUAAAAUUCUGUAAGUAAUCUUUUUCUUCAUUUUUUUUCCUCUGUGAUAGUCAUACUUUUUAAAAUUUUUGUUAAGCUAGUCCUAAAUACCCCCCACAACACACAAGCAUGCAAACAAGCAUUACUAUCAGGAAUGCGAUUGGGAUUCAGGAGCAAUGAGUGGAAAUUUUCUUACUGCUUAUAUUUGCACCCUCAUUGUCCCUUGUUUCCUUAGAGGAAUUUGGGACUCUGCCUAUGUAAGUGCUGUCAUGGAUCCCACCCAAAGGAACUUAAAUGUAGAGGAAGGAUAAAUCACAUAAAUAAUGAAUACUGUUAGAGAAGUUCAAAUGAUAUGUUAAAGAAGUUCAGAAGAAGAAAAGAAUAUUUUAAACUGAAUGCACGUGAGGGGGUGCUGAGUGGAAUAAGUGGCAUAGAGCUAGGUUUUACAAAAUUAAACAGAGAUGCUAUAUGAUUGGGCAGUGUUUCCCCUGAGAUCAGAAUUAGCAGAAAUAGACAUAUCAAUUAGUGUGAUUGGAGUGCAGGGUUUCUCAAAAGCAAGGGUUGGACAGAGUGGUCAUGAAAGGCCAGCCCUGUGACUUACAGUGCAUUAAAUUAAUUUCUCAAAUCACAGUCCCCGAGCAACACUUUAUUAUUCCAAAGGUGAGGAAACUGAUUCAGAUACAGAGUACCAGCAUUAUUUCCCAAUACUCCUUUACAAAUCCUGGAUUCGUUCUAGGCAAACUGAACUACUGUAUUUCAUCUACCUUAAAAUACUUUUUAAAUAUCCUGUAUGCAUCUUUCGAGUUCUGACAUUCUGUAGUUUAGGAGUUUUUGACGUUAACACUAUUGACAUAUUGGACCAAAUAAUUCUUUUUGAUGGGGAGCUCUCCUGUGCAUUGUAGAUGAUUAGCAACAGCCCAGGCUGUUUGUUUCCUGCUAAAGGCCAGUAGCUCCUCCUUAGCUGUGAUGACCAAAAACGUUUCCAGACAUUGCCAAAUGUUCUCUGGAGGACAGAACUGUCCACAGUUGAGAGCCCCUGCUAUAGGUGUUUAAUUAAUAUUUUUUCUUUUGGUACAUAAAAUAAUGGUGUGACUUUAAAUUGAUCGAAGAUUAGAGACAAUAAAAUAUGGUUCUUGCUUUAAA